UUGACAGCUUUGAAGAGCUUGCUUCAAAAGGAAAACAUCGACUUCAGUUUUGUACACUUUUUAAUUAAAAAAUUAAUUACUGCUGUGUUUACCUGAUAAAAAGUAUAGAUUUCAGCGUCUGUGAAUAUGAGUGAACUACGGCAUCGGCGUGGUGACGGGGACGGGAAUGAAAAAGCUGAAAACGCAGGCGAAUCUGAUCAUGUGGAUUCCGAGGAGGAAAAGGUUUUAGAAGAGAAAUAUGUGGAUGAGCUUGCGAAGUCGCUACCUCAAGGUACCGAUAAAACGCCCGAGUUACUGGAUUCCGCUCUUUCGGGAUUAUCUUCGCGAUGGAGAAAUUGGGUAAUACGAGGCAUAUUUACCUGGCUGAUGAUUGGAGGAUUCUGCUUACUGAUCUACGGCGGACCCUUGGCUCUAAUGAUUACUGUACUCUGCGUACAAGUGAAAUGCUUUGAAGAGAUCAUCAACAUUGGCUAUGCAGUGUACCGAGUGCAUGGCCUGCCGUGGUUCCGAUCUCUCUCGUGGUACUUCCUGCUGACUUCCAACUACUUCUUCUACGGAGAGAACCUGAUUGAUUACUUUGGAGUAGUGAUAAACAGAACAGACUACCUCCGUUUCCUGGUGACGUACCAUCGGUUCAUCUCGUUCUGUCUGUACUGCGUCGGGUUCGUGUGGUUCGUGCUGUCGCUCGUGAAGCGCUACUACAUGCGGCAGUUCAGCCUGUUCGCGUGGACGCACGUGGCGCUCCUCAUCGUGGUCACGCAGAGCUACCUCAUCAUACAGAAUAUAUUUGAAGGUCUCAUCUGGUUCAUAGUGCCGGUGUCUAUGAUCAUCUGCAAUGACGUCAUGGCGUACGUAUUCGGUUUCUUCUUCGGCAAGACUCCACUCAUCAAGCUCAGCCCCAAGAAGACGUGGGAGGGAUUCAUCGGUGGUGGUUUUUCUACCGUUGUGUUUGGACUUGUGAUCUCAUACAUGAUGUCCCAGUACCCGUACCUGGUGUGCCCCAUCGAGUACUCGGAGUCCCUGGGCCGCAUGACCAUGGACUGCGAGCCGUCCGUGCUGUUCCGCCUGCAGGACUACACGCCGCCGCAGUUCGUGCAGCCCAUCAUGAAAGUGUUUGGUCGCGAGAAGUUCAACAUGUACCCUUUCAUGAUCCACUCGCUGGCGCUGAGCAUCUUCAGCUCUGUCAUCGGGCCGUUCGGCGGGUUCUUCGCUUCGGGCUUCAAGCGAGCUUUUAAGAUCAAGGACUUCGGCGACGUGAUCCCCGGGCACGGCGGCAUCAUGGACCGCUUCGACUGCCAGUUCCUCAUGGCCACGUUCGUGAACGUGUACAUCACCAGCUUCAUCCGCACCGCCACGCCGCAGAAGCUGCUGCAGCAGGUAUACAACUUGAAGCCCGAACAACAGUUGCAGUUGUUCUACGCGCUGAAGGAAUCGCUGGAAAAUAGAAACAUCCUGAACAUGGUACCAUAGAGGAAAUAGACAAAUGCAGGUACAUGUUGGUGUAUUUAUUGAAUUGACGUUAACCGAAAUUGUAAGUGUAGUUUCACACUUGACAAGAUGCCGCAGCGGUUUUGCGUGCCCUGUUUAAAGUCCCAAAAAAUGUAGCAAUUUUACAGCUCUGUAUUUCAGUUGUUUUUCGCUUUCAAAUGUUCUUAAUUUUUGGGUGCAUUUGUUUUUAUUAGGAUAAGUAAAUUGGUAAGUCCAAUCCUUUUUUAUUAUGUAAAUCUGAAAGUAUGUUACAGUGUUCGUGAAGUCGUGUAUCUUUUUAUGUAAGUUUAUUUGUGAUAUCAUAUUUCUAUGCAUUUCACACAGCGUACAAUUAUGGCUAAAGUAUUUUAUUUUAUUUCUUUAUUUAAAAAAAAAUAAAUGAUUUCUAAAAAAAAGUUGAAAAAAAGUGAUGAUACAUCUUAAUUUGUUCGUUUCCCACCAAGUUAAUAGUGACUUUAAUAACAGGAUAUUCUUAGAACCAACCCCUUUAGAUUUUUCUGUGUUUUAAAGCAAUAUUUGGAAAAAUCUGGGUGGUUUGUAAAAUAGCAAAAUUAUUUUUUUGUUGGUCAAAGCAUGGUUCGUUUUCUCCGACAUAAUUAACUGCUGUGUUAAUAAUUUUCCCACCGAUCGCGUUUUUUAAAUCGCAGCGUAUUUUCUUUUGAGUGUGUUACUACACUUAGGUUAGACAUAUCCCAUACUGUUUAUUAAGAACAGGCGUAUAAUUUUAUUCUAGUCCUAUUUUAUUGUGACUCAUUUUCUUUAAUUCAUUACAUCUUUGUAAUCUGUUUGAUGAAACAAUAUUUAAUUUAAUAUUAAAAAAAUCUGUAGUAAUUAAGAAUUACAAAUUGAAAGAAAUUAAUUUAGUGUAUUUAAUUUACUUCAAUUUGUUAUUUUAAUGUGGUUUUUAUAAUUUCAUUGUCUUCUAAAAUUUUAAAUUAGAUUGCUUGUCCUUUAGAAAAUGGGUGUAUUAGAAUAAAGCAUGUUAUUAUAUAAAUAAAAAUCUUCUCUGUGUCCCAUAAGUGGUACGUCUCAAAAUACAGAACAGAGUAAAA